UGGAUAGAAAUAUGUAUGGUGACUGAAACCUUAAAGCACAAAAUAACGGUAGAGGGUGGCGUGAAAAUAUGUUGUCAUGCCGUCCAAAACAGACCUUUCAUCCAUAAUGCCACAUUGCCACCCCCUGCCCCCACGCGCAAUCUCUCUCUUUCUUUCUCUGUAUAUAUAGUGUAAUUUAUGUACCCUCUUGCAGCAUACUUCGAUCAUCUUCAACUUUGCAGAUACCACCGAACUUUAACAUCCGUUUCCGGUGCAAACAUCAAGACAAUCAAAACAUUUUUUGACCCUAGCAAAACCAAUCAUCUUAAGUCGUACGCGGUGGUCGUUUCUUUUUAUACCAACAGACAAAAAAGAAGGAUCAAGAGAAUAUAUAAUUGAUCAAUCGAUAGAUGGAGUUGGAGUCAUCAUGUGUUCCUCCAGGGUUCAGAUUUCAUCCUACGGAGGAAGAACUCGUGGGAUACUAUCUCAAAAGGAAAGUCGAGUCGCUGCAAAUAGAUCUUGAUGUUAUUGUUGACAUUGAUCUUUACAGAAUGGAGCCUUGGGAUAUUGAAGGGAGGUGCAAAUUAGGAUACGAAGAACAAAACGAGUGGUUUUUCUUCAGUCAUAAAGAUAGAAAGUACCCUACAGGCACACGGACCAAUAGAGCUACCUCAGCCGGUUUCUGGAAGGCAACAGGAAGAGACAAGGCGGUGCUAUCAAAAGACAGGAUCAUCGGAAUGAGAAAAACCCUUGUUUUCUACAACGGACGUGCACCCAAUGGCCGGAAAAGUGACUGGAUUAUGCACGAAUAUCGCCUCCAAUCGUCUCACAAUGCUCCCGUUCAGGCAAAAGGCUGGGUGGUUUGUCGGGCGUUCAAGAAACCAACUCCAGUUCAAAAACAAGGGUUUGAACCCUGGAACAAUGGUUACUACAUUCGGAACACCAAUAAUAUUAGACCACUUCCACCAAUUAAUGAUACAUUUAAUUCCUCGCAAUCCUUCCACUCAAAUCAAUCCAUGGUAUCACAUAAACUACCAUUUAAUGAUCAAGAUCAACAACUUUCUGCAAAUCACUUCCUACUUGAACAUUCAAAUAUCGAUAGUCCUUCAGCUUCAAGAAGCUUUGCAACAAACGAAGAUCAUGACUAUGAGAGUGGAAUUGAUUUUAACCACUAUGAUAAUGAUUGGAAGAACAUAGAAAAUUUACUUGGGUCCGAAUUAAACAAACCCUCUUCGUUUCCCUAUUCAACCAUGCCAUUGAUCGCCCACAAUCAUGAUAACAAUGAGUUCGACUCUAGUGAUCAAACCAGCCACCUUUUUGGAUGCUUUUCUGACUUGUAACGUUAGUGCAAAUAUAUAUCUAAGGCAUUAUUAAGCUUAUGGACUAAUAGAUGUCGCCUAGUGCAUGCAUGGUUUUGUUAAGUUGCUAAUAUCGACUUCAUUGGAGUUGACAAACAAAAUGUCAACGAAAGUAGAUCCUUGGUAAAGACAAAGGAAAUAGUUGCAAGUGGUUCCUUUGUAAUUGCUAUAUAUAUAGUUUAUUGAAUUACUUUGGUAUGAUUGUACAAUUUAACUC